AUGUCAAAUCGAGCAUGGGUAACCCUGGCCACAAACGACUCGUACGGCCUCGGUGCGCUGGUACUGGCGCACUCACUGCGCCGUGCUAGCUCGGCUUACCCUGCUGUGGUGCUUAUUACCCCUUCCGUUACAGAGGCUAUGAGAGAGCGCCUUCGCGCAGUAUUUGCUGAAGUGGUGGUGGUGGACGUAUUGGACUCCCGCGACGCUGCACACCUGGCUUUGCUGCAGCGGCCUGAGCUAGGCAUCACCUUCACAAAGAUACACUGUUGGAGCCUCACUCAGUAUGAGAAAUGCGUCUUCCUUGACGCUGAUGCACUGGUUGUCCAAAAUUGCGAUGAAUUGUUCGAGCGGGAAGAGCUAUCAGCCGCGCCCGAUGUCGGCUGGCCCGACUGCUUCAACUCUGGAGUGUUUGUAUUCAGACCCUCUGCAGAGACUUUCAGCAACCUCGUCACAUUCGCCGCCGAACGAGGCAGUUUUGAUGGUGGUGACCAAGGUCUUCUAAACUCGUACUUUUCGGACUGGGCGCACGGCGACAUCAACAAACAUUUGCCAUUCCUCUACAAUGUGACAUCUGCUGCUUUCUAUUCCUAUAUACCUGCCCUUAAACAUUACGGGCAGAAUUUGAAGAUCAUCCAUUUCAUUGGGGCAGUGAAGCCUUGGCUCCAACAAUAUAAUUGGGAGUCUCGAUCAGUCGAUGCACCGGAACAUUUGCGGGAGUUCCUUCAACUAUGGUGGGAUCUAUUUGCAUCACAAGUCCAUUCUCAGCUGGACACACAUAUGGAUGAAGGGAUCGUAGAAGAACAUCAGCCGACGGUGCUUCAUCAAGAAAUAAUUGAAUAUAACGAUGAACCGGCAUCAAACGUUACUUAUUAUGAACCCAUAUUGGAUGCAGAAUCCGAAUUUCCAUGGCAUCAUCCCGAAAACCAAGUUUCUGAUUCAGACAUAAAUGUGUCACAAAUUGAUACGAGUCAGUUUUACGAUCCAUGGAAUAUUUAUAGAGGAAACAUCCCACCUAGCAUAGAAGAUUUUAGACAAGCAGAAAAUAAAGAUGAUUACGAGGAUAUGAGAAAAUACGCUUGGGACUACGUGUCCCCACAACACAGUCAGAAUCAAUCUAACGUAAAUCAAAAUUACGAAUCGCCACACGAAUAUCAUCAAGUCCAACCUGAUAGUAAUUCCACAUAUCACUCACAUUCACAUCGCUCACACUCACAUCACUCGCAGUCACAUCACUCACAUUCACAUCAGUCAUAUCAAGAAUAUCACGAACAUCAAGAAUCGGCUUGGCAGUACAAUUCUGAAUCUAGUCAAAACAAUCACCAAUACUCAGAAUACGCUCCAAGUGUACCUCAAUCUAAUUACGAACGCGAGUUUGUACAUGAACAGAACACAAUACAAACACCAAAUUCUCAUCAUGAAAAUGAACAGCAACAUUCACAUAGUAACCAUGAGCCACAUUAUCCUCACGAAUAUCACUACGCUCACAUUUAUGAAGAAAAACCUGCGAACCAACAAAGUCAAGAUCAAUACAAAUCACAAACUAGCAAUCACAUCCCGUAUUCACAUGAUACUAAUCACAAUACGAAUGCGUCAUACAAUACUAAUCUCAAUCAAAAACAUUCAAAAGAAUACAAUAAAAUAGACAGCUUCACUUAUUCCCAAUUAAAAAACACGAACAGAUCCGAACAAAUUUAUACUGUGAUGAUGGAUCACGUUAGAAUACGAAAUUCAAUGUUAGAUCAGGAUAUGAAUGGUUACGCGUCCGAUAGCGACAGUGAUAUUUUUGAGGAAAUAAGACCCAGGCAUCCAUACGAUGGCUUUUAUUUAAGGCACAGAAUGACUAUAGAUUCUCACGGGCGCAAAAUCUGCAGUCAUGAAAUACCAUUCAUACCACGCACUCCUUCUCCCGCCAGCACAGAGGACUAUGAAGACGCGUUGGAAUCUCUACCAGAGGAAGUUAGCGAUAACAUAUUAAACGGUGAUGAUUUACAAACCGGCGUUGCGGGUAAUUUAGCAAGAGUCGUACCAGGCAUACCGUUGCAAAGAGAAGCAGUAGAUGAGUUAACAAGGAGACAAGGAUGGGAGGCUGGAAAUAUCGACUAUAUGGGAGCUGACUCCUUUGACAAUAUUUGGGCGAAAAUAUCCCAAACUCUCAGCCAGCCACCAGAGACACCUUCCGAACAAGCCCCACCAGCUGAGCAACAAGCACCUCAGGAAGAAGCAAAGCCUGAGUCCAGUGAACCUGCUUCAGUUGAAUUAGUCAAAGAGGCAGAACCUAUUGUGGAAAAAGAACCAGUACCCGAAGUUCCUGCUGAAAAGCCAGUAGAAGCCCUUGUAGAAGAAGUAAAAGAGGUUCCCGCUGAAGUUCCUCAGCCAGAAUCGGAAGUGGUGGAGUCAGCAGUUGCCCCAGUUGAGGCAACACCAUCACCAGUAGAAGAAAUCGAAGUGCCUGUCCCGGCUAGUGAGGCAGCUGAAGCAAAACCAGAGGAAUCUAUUCCGAUCCCAGCGGAAGCCGCUGUGGAAGCUGCUGCUGAAGCAGUACAAGAAAAGACUGAGCUGACAGAAGAGAUACCGGUAGCAGCAGUGGAAGCACUCAAAAUUGUGGAACCAGCGAAGCCUGAAGAAAGCGCCCCAGCACCUACAGAAGUUGCUGAACCCGUUCCUCAACCAAUACCCCAUCCAAGGAAGAAAUUUCUGCGGCACCGGCUGCUAAACCUACCGAGGAGGCAGCGCAAGAGACGCGGCUUUGAUAGAACAGCUGAGGAGAGACGUAAGCCGGCGGGCAAGCUGCUGCUGCGGCCGGCGGCGGCCGACACGCUGCCCACGCCCGACAGCGAGCUCGAGGACGCGGCCGCCCUCGCGCACGCCAUCAUCUCGAGUGAGCUGCGCACCCCUACUGUCACAUCCCCCACCCCCCCGACUCUCUCCCCCUCACAACCCGCACCCCCCUCCGACUCCCGCCUCUCCGUCCAGACGCCAGAGGUGCCCACUCCACCCGUCUCACUCUCACAGAUAGGAGUAAAACCCAAAGCGUCCACUGCCGCCCAAAUAGAAUCCUCCGUCUCGAAAGCUGAACCUAAAGUUGAAACCGACGUGCCCAAAAAGAAGAUCGUAAGGAAAGUAGUUAAGAGCAAAGAGAGCGCGUCGGGCGACGCGUCCACGCCCGUGCCGCCGCCGCGUAAGAAGGAAAAGAAACCCAAGGAGAAG